AUGGAUUAUUCUUCUUCUCUGGGGGCACCGGAUUACAAGUUCUGGCCAACGGAAGACGAACUUGUGCGGUUAUACCUUCGCCGUAAGGCUAUAGGACUGCCACUGCCCACCGCCGAUCUCAUCUUUGACUUCGAUCUUUACGGUGAAAACAACCCUUCUGAGAUAUGGGAUAUCUUCAUGGGUCCCCAUCCCUCUCUGAAAGACUUCGCCGGUGGCCUCUACUUGUUCACCAAAUUGAAGUGGUUGAGUACCUCCGCAGUCGACCGGCGCAUCAUUUCCGGCGGGACUUGGAGGAAGGAGUCGUGUAUAACCAUCUGCGCUUCCCGGUCGGUAAUUCCGAUUGCAAUGUUGAAGUGCUUUUGGUACCGGAACCCGGACUCGCCCCAAGAUGGUGCCUGGUUCAUGGAGGAGUACAGCCUACCAAUGUCUAAGACUCGGCCCCGAGUGGGUUUUUCUUCUUCCUCUUCCUACGUGCUCUGCCGCCUGAGUAAGAACAUUUCGGUCGGACUGGAAAGUUUUUUUCCGAUCAACGAAACCGAUGAAGAUGAAAAAAGUCUUCCUCUUCAUCUUGAAUAUAAUACUCAUUGUUCAUGUGGAAGACAACGUAGACUAGGAGAUUGA